AUGGAUCUAGAAUUAACACACCCUCCAUGGUUUAUAAGUACAUGUCGUAAUCAUAAUGAUGCUCGUCAAAUUCUUGAAUCUUGUCGUACAAUCGAAAAUGGGAAUUUUUUUGUACGUCAUAGUGAAAGUCAAAAUGCUAAAUAUACUAUAUCAAUUUGGUUUAAUAAUACAAUAACACAUGUACGUAUACAUCAAUUAGAAAAUAAACAAUAUCAACUUGCAUUUGAACCAAGUUCAAAAUUUUCAAUUCCAACAUUUUCAACAGUUAAAGAAUUAAUUGAUUUUUAUUCGGUACAUAAUAUGAAGCUAUUAGGACAUUGUCAAGAUGAAAUUCCCGAAGAGAAAUGGAUUUUACAAAUACAAGUUAAUAUCCUAUUUUCAGAUAAUAAAAUGCUUAAUAAAAUUAAUUAUGAUCCAUAUUUUGAUGAUGAAGAUGAUGCAAAUGAAGAAACUUACCGUCAAUUAUUAAAAAAACGUGGAAUAUUACCACCUUGUGAUCCGAAAACUUUACCUGUUUCUUCACGUUCACAACGACAUACUCUAUGUUCGAGAAAAGAAGCAGAAAAUAUUUUAAUGAAAACAAUUGGUGUUUGUCCUGGUAAUUUUAUCGUUCGUCCAAGUAUUAAUGCUAAUCAUCCAUAUUCAUUAUCUGUUUUAUCGCAUGAAAAUAGUAUCUAUCAUUUUCAAAUUGGUCAAAUAGAAAAUAAAUAUAUUUUAGGACCUCUUGAAACAGUUGAUUUAUUAAAAUCAAAAAAAUUUUCUUCAGUAUCUGAUUUUAUUAAUUAUUAUUUAACAACUUCAAUUACAUUUAAAGAUACUAAUCAUCAACAGCAAUCAAUUCUUUUACAAUUAUAUUCAACUAGUGAAUUUACACGAUUUUGA